AGACUCAGGAGUCCAGAACCUCAUUCCUUCCCCUCCCAGGUCCAGGAGUCCAGACUUUUACCUCCCUUCCCUCAAUUCAGGGGUCUGGGCCCCCAGUCCCUCUUCCCUCAGACUUACAGUCUAGAAUCCCAGACCCUUCCUCCAGACCUAGAGUCCAGGUCCCCAGCCCCCUCCAGUCUCAGAUCCAGGAUUCGGGGUUCCAGUUUCCUUCUCCCACAAACCCGGGAGUUCAGACCCCCCAAUCCCUACCAUCCCUGGGUCCUGAGUCCAGGUCCUUAGCCCUCUUUUCCCUCGGAGCCAGUUGUCUGGAUCCUGGCUCUUUCUGUUUCAGACCCAAGCAUGAGGAGUUCCAGGUCCCAGCCACCCCUCCCUCAAGAUUUCCCUCAGCUCCUCAGGCCCUCCUCACUCAUGCACAGGGCUCCAGUUCCCAGAUGCUCUGCCGGCACCAGAGGAGGCGGAGCGGGAGGCGGGGAUUCCCAGUUAAAAGCGUCCAGAACCUAGUACCAGGCAGACAGAGCUGAAGCACUGGGGCCUCUUCUUCUGGGUCUGAAUCAGUCGGUGACCCCGCCCCCCGGAUUCUGCAAGACCCCACCAUGGGACAUCCCCCACCUGCUGUAGUCUGGACCUGGAUGUUCCUGCUCUUGCUGUUGGAAGCCUGGGCAGGACACGUGAGGGCACAGGAGUCCAAGGUGCUCGGCGGCCAGGAGUGUGAGGCCCAUUCGCAGCCUUGGCAGACAGCUUUGUUCCAGGGCGUCCGGCUGCUCUGUGGGGGGGUCCUCAUUGAUGACAACUGGGUCCUCACAGCAGCCCACUGUAAAAAACGGAAGUACACAGUACGCCUGGGGGAUCACAGCCUGAAGAAUAAAGACAGUUCAGAGCAAGAAAUGGCUGUGGCUCAGUCCAUCCCACACCCCUGCUACAACGGGAGCAAUGAGGACCACAGUCAUGAUCUCAUGCUUAUCCGACUACGUGGUCGGGCAUCCCUGGGGCCCCAAGUGAAGCCCAUCAACCUGGCGGAUCACUGCCCUGAAGUUGGCCAGAAGUGCACCAUCUCAGGCUGGGGCACCGUCACCAGCCCCCGAGAGAAUUUUCCUGACACCCUCAACUGUGCAGAAGUAGAAAUCUUUCCCCAGAAGAAGUGUAAGGAUGUCUACCCCGGGGAAGUUACAGAUGGUAUGAUUUGUGCAGGCGACAGCGAUGGGGCCGACUCAUGCCAGGGAGAUUCCGGGGGUCCGCUGGUGUGUGGUGGUGUUCUGCAGGGCAUCACAUCCUGGGGAUCAGACCCCUGUGGGCGGCCUGAGAGACCUGGUGUCUACACCAACAUUUGCCGCUACUUGGACUGGAUCAAGAAGACCAUAGGUGGCAGGGGUUGAUGCUAGGACAAGCUUUGGACCCCCUUCAAUAAACUCACAACUCAGCCUGG